GAAAGAUACAGGAAUCAGGCAUAGCCGAUCCUAUCAUCAUAGCGAUAUAACCAAGUUAAAAUGCCUUCAUACUGUUGUGUUCCUGGUUGUAAAUCGGCUAAAGCUUGUCAUAAGUUUCCAGCGAACCCGAAUCUGAACUACAAAUGGAGGGUUGCUGUGAGGAGAGUUAAGGACACCACGGAAAAUUUGUGGAAACCGAUGAUGCAUUCUAAAGUCUGCAGCGAUCACUUCAGAGAGGACGACUAUACUAGCACUUUUAAGCUCCAAGUCUUGGAAAUCGGGGACGGUGGUAAAGCACUAUGGGAGACCCAGAUCCUACGUCAUCUGCAGCGGAGGUCGGCUGUAUCGCCGCAAUCGCAGACACCUCCGAGAGACAUCAGAAGCAGCAAACCAACAGGACACCACUACAAUGGACGACGGGCAGCUGGGUGUCAGCGACAAACAACAUGAGACCCGAAGAGAACCCGACACUGCACCAGAGGCGAGAGACGGGACAGCACUUUAUUUAGGUGCAAAAGCAGAACCUAUUAACACAGCAAACAGGAAUCACAUUGUAGUGUGCUGACUCAAGCGAAUGACAGCAUUACAACCAGUCGCUAUAUCAAUUUCACAUGGACUAUACUCAAUACAUGUCAGAAAGUAUCAUAACUAUGUAGAGAUUAUUAACCAUGUAAUCCACCUUAAAGGGAGAGUGUACUCUAGGUUCUAGGGUUAUUUUCAGCUAAUUUAGGUUAUAAUUACGCUACAUAAAGAGUUUCAUGGUUCAA